AUGCUUCCUCGGCGAUUAAUAGCGGCCCCAGGUCGGCUAGCCUGGCGCUCGAGGCCUCAAUUGCAGUACAGACGAGCCGUAUCCACCACCAAUCCUCUCCGCGCCCAGGAGUUGAACAAGGUCAGCAAGCAUGUCACGCAGCCGAAAUCUCAAGGCGCCUCCCAGGCGAUGCUGUACGCCACAGGCAUGGACGAGAGCGACAUGGACAAGGCGCAGGUUGGCAUCUCGUCCGUCUGGUACUCGGGCAACCCGUGCAAUAUGCACCUGCUGCAGCUAAACAACAAGGUCAAAGAGGGCGUUGAGCGGGCGGGUCUCGUACCGAUGCAGUUCAACACCAUUGGUGUCAGCGAUGCGAUUUCGAUGGGCACGAAGGGCAUGCGGUACUCGUUGCAGUCGCGAGACAUCAUCGCAGACUCCAUCGAGACUGUCAUGGGCGGUCAGUGGUACGAUGCCAAUAUUUCAAUACCUGGCUGCGACAAGAACAUGCCCGGGGUCAUCAUGGCUAUGGGCAGGAUAAACAGGCCGUCCCUUAUGGUGUACGGAGGCACCAUUCAACCCGGCUGUGCCAAGACCUUGAACAACCAACAGAUCGACAUCGUCUCUGCCUUUCAAGCCUACGGUCAGUUUAUCACUGGCGAGAUCAACGAAGAAGAGCGCUUCGAUAUCAUCCGGCACGCCUGUCCCGGCGGCGGUGCCUGCGGCGGCAUGUACACCGCGAAUACCAUGGCAACAGCUAUCGAAGUAAUGGGCAUGACACUGCCUGGUUCGUCGUCCAAUCCUGCAGAAUCCAAGGCCAAGCAGCUUGAAUGUCUGGCGGCCGGCGGUGCCAUCAGAAAUCUUCUUAAGGAGGAUAUUCGACCUAGCGACAUCCUAACUCGCCAGGCGUUCGAAAACGCCAUGGUCGUUGUCAACAUCACCGGCGGCUCCACAAACGCCGUACUCCAUCUCAUCGCCAUAGCUGACAGCGUCGGGAUCAAGCUCACCAUCGACGACUUCCAAUCCGUCAGCGAUCGGAUACCUUUCCUUGCAGAUCUAAAGCCGUCUGGUAAAUACGUCAUGGCUGACAUCUUCGAUAUUGGCGGCACCCCUGCCCUCCUUAAGUUCCUGCUGCACGAGGGUAUUAUCGACGGGAGUGGCAUGACCGUCACCGGCAAGACGCUUAGAGAGAACCUAGAACAAGCGCCUAGCUUUCCGGAGGACCAGCAGAUCAUCCGCCCCCUCAGCAACCCUAUCAAGAAGACCGGACAUAUCCAGAUCCUACGCGGUUCCCUUGCCCCCGGCGGCUGUGUCGGCAAGAUCACCGGCAAGGAAGGGCUACGGUUCUCUGGCAAAGCAAGAGUAUACGACGCCGAAGACGACUUCAUUACUGCGCUUGAGAGAGGCGAGAUCAGGAAAGGUGAGAAGACCGUCGUCGUCAUCAGAUACGAGGGUCCGAAAGGCGGGCCGGGCAUGCCUGAGAUGUUGAAACCCUCUUCCGCGAUUAUGGGUGCCGGUUUGGGCAACGACGUAGCUCUGAUCACAGAUGGUCGCUUCAGUGGUGGGUCGCAUGGGUUCUUGAUUGGGCACAUCGUGCCUGAGGCUCAAGAAGGAGGGCCCAUCGGUCUCGUUCAAGAUGGCGAUCAGAUCACCAUCGAUGCUGAGUCGAAGGAGCUGAACCUUGAUGUGAGUGAGGAGGAACUAGAAAAGAGAAGGAAAACGUGGCAGGCACCGCCGUUGAAGUACAGCAAGGGCACCUUGUACAAGUACGCGAAAACUGUACAGGAUGCCAGUCACGGCUGUAUCACGGAUGCAUAA